AAUGGCAGCAAGAAACCAAACAAAAGACCUUAAGUGUGCCACACAUCUCCUAAGUGAUAAAUUCAGAAACAUGACUGAGGAGAAGAAGGCAAUUGUGAGGGAUCUAGGAUUCGGUGGGUUGAUGCACAUCCCACCACUAAGGGUGCAUCACCAACUGUUAAGGGAGCUGGCAAACAACUUCAAACUUGGGGAGAACAGACUGGAAACAGGAUAUGGUUCUUUCAAAAUAACCCCAAGAAAGAUAGGUCAUGCGCUUGGCAUCAAUGCAACAGGAAAUCUGUUUCCUCAGAAAGUCGAGUAUAAGAAACUUUCUGAGGAUGACAAAAUAAUUUUUAGAAGAUUCCAGGGUAAGACCCUCAAAAGUCUUACUGAUGAGAUGAUGGAUAUCGGCGUUGGUAAUGAAGAGGAACGCCUAAUGUUCAAGAGGAUUUUCAUCCUCUAUAUACAGAUGGCGUUCCUUUUGUCAACGACAAUAAACAAAAUCUCGCCUGUGCACCUGGCCCCAAUUUUUGAGAUGGACAGCAUCUCGGAGCGAAACUGGGGGGGCCAUGUUUUUACCUUCAUCGUCAAGGGCAUCACAGACUACAAGGAGAAAAAGAAGAAGGCAAUUGAUGGCUGCCUCUUUGCCCUGAUGAUAAUAUACUUUCAUCUUUCAGAAAACAAAGGCAAGAAGAGGGCUGAAAGACCACCAAAAUCAUGGAUUGCCAACUGGAGUAAGGAGCAGUUGGUCGAAAGAAUGAAUGCAGAAACAGAGAAAAUUUUGGAAGAAACAACUACUGACAGUGACAGUUUUACCUCUGAGUCUGAGACUCAAGAAGACUCAGAGGAUUCAGCAAGAAAACACCCCAGCAAAAAGGGGAAAAAUGAGAGAUAUGAAAUAUCAAGUGAAGAACUAGAUGAAUUGCUAAGGGGAAACGUUGAAAAAUCUGCUGCAGAGGGAGUCCCGAUUCAAGUUUUUGUGCCGGCGUCCCAAACAACCACUGUGCCGGAACUUCAAGAAACACCUGAGACAGAUUUUGAACCAACCCCUCCGCUACAGAUUGAAGGAACUACAGAAACCACUCCUGAACCCCCCCAACAACUUCAAGAAACCACACCCACGCUUCCCCCAGCUCCAUCUAAAAUUCAUCCAGCCGCAGAAGACGUUGCUGCCCUGAUGAUGAUGGCACGGACAGCAUCCUAUGUUCCUAAAACAGAUCCAGUGCCAUCAUUCAGCCUUGGGUUGACUAAUUCAAGCCAGGAGGGAGCGUCAACGCAGGAGACAGAAAGGACAAAAUCUCCAGAAGCUACAAAUUUGCUAGAACAAUUAGACGAUUUGGUACAAAAAAUAGCAAGCAGUGCGGCGAAAGAAAAAAGUAAAAGUCCACAAAUUCAAAGGGAGACUAGGGGAGAUAGUUCUGGGAAGUUUGAAACUCCUGAGGGAAUAAAUCAGAUUACGGAUGAUAUGAAAGAAAAGUGCUACAUCUGGGGGACACGACUGAAGACUUACGCAGAUGGCAGUACUGACGAGUAUGACCACAUCUGCACUCUGAUGGCGCAAGAUAACAUUAAUAUUGUAUCUGCCAUGUGCCACAUCCUCAACCGGAAAAAUGAUAAAAGGUUUCAAGAACAAGUAUACUGUCUGCCCCCCCGAUAUUGUGAGCAUGGCCCUUUCGAAGCACCCAAAGGGGGAAUUCAUAUCACCGAAAACCAAUAA